UUGUCAUUUUUCCAUCUCCAUGUAUAUCUGCUACCUUUGAAAAGUAACGCUUGAUAGGCCUCGGUUACUGGCUCAGACCUUCCGUACAACGAUAUGGACUCACUCAUUGCCAAGGCGGAUGCCGUCGGACCCGCGGGUAAAAAGCGAAAACUACGACACGCGUCCUCCAGUAGUAGGCCAAGCACAGACAAAACAUUCCAAUCCAUCUCCAAACGUACCUCAAUACCGAAAUCCUUACAAUCCUCCGGCGCCAUAUCUGAAGGCGCUCAUUCCUACAAGCACAUAGCCAACAAAAAGCUUCGUACGGAGCUAUCACGUCAGUCUGCGCGCGCUAUAGAAGCAAAGGCCUUAAUAGAAGAUGCGGAACUACUGUUGACGGGAGAGGUGGGGCGCAUGGAGGUCGAGGGAGAAAUGGAUAGAACAUGGAGGGUCGGGCAGGAUGAGAUUGUCCAAGGAGCCGGACAAGAAGGUGCGCGAGGAAGGAAAGAGUGGAAAUUGGAAGGUGGACCAUAUAGGUCGCGAUAUACACGAAACGGGCGGCAUCUAGCUGUUGUUGGAAACACUGGUCAUGUCGCUUCGUUUGAUUGGCAAGCCGGUAUCCUUCAUACCGAGUUGCAGCUACAAGAAACAUGUCGUGACAUAACGUAUCUCCACGAUCAUUCACACUUUGCCGUCGCACAGAAGAAGUACGUCUUCAUCUACGAUCGGGAUGGUGUCGAGCUUCACUGUCUGAAGGCACACAUCGAACCUACUCGGAUGGAAUUUCUUCCGUAUCAUUGGCUGCUGGCUACUAUAGGUAAUGCUGGCUAUCUAAAAUAUCAAGAUACGUCUACGGGACAGCUCCUAUGCGAACACCGGACAAAGCUUGGUUCCUGUACGGCCAUGACACAAAAUUUACACAACGCCGUCAUCCAUCUAGGUCACCAGAACGGCACGGUGACCCUUUGGACGCCAAAUUUGCCUCACCCUGCGGUUCAGCUCCUAGCACAUCUUGGUCCUGUGGCUAGCGUGAGCAUGGAUCCGAGCCAGGGCGGACGGUACAUGGCUACAGCUGGUAAGGAUCAGACGGUCAAAGUAUGGGACUGUAGGAACUGGAAAGGCGCGGUGAGAGAGUGGACUGCGAGAGGUGGGUGUGCAGAAGUGGAAUGGAGUGCUAGGGGCGCUCUAGCUGUAGCGUCCGGAGGUACCGUCAACGUAUACACUUCCCCAACGAUACAUAACCCAGUGCAUAUGAAUACCCAACCACCUCUCUACAUAACCCAUCCCGUGCCUCAUCGACCUUUGACGUCACUUCAAUUCGCACCAUUCCAAGAUAUUCUCACUAUAGGCCAUUCUGCCGGCCUCUCUAGUAUCUUGGUACCCGGAUCUGGUGAACCCAACUUUGAUAGCAAAGAGGCCGAUCCGUUCGAGAACAAGAAGGCUAGAAGAGAGAAGGAAGUGAAGGCCCUUCUUGACAAGAUCCAACCCGACAUGAUCACUCUCGAUCCAGAGUUCGUUGGUACCCUCGCGCCACCGUCGAAGCUAACGACGGAGACGAUGUUUGAUGGGAAGCCUUCUGUCGAGAUUCCAUUUGCUCGUCUGCCUAGGUUGGAGAGGUUACGGGUACAAGGCAAGGCCGAUGAAACCGAGGUUCUCAGUGAAGAUGAGGUUAGCGGUACGGAGGUAGAUCCGGAAGCCAAGGCUCGCCGUAAAGAGGAGAGUGAGAAGAGGAAGAUGAGAGGGAAAAAUAAGAGUUUGAAGAGAUAUCUUCGGAAACAGCGCAAGAACGUCAUUGAUCCCACAGCCGUCGCGAUUCGAGCGAAAAUGGAGAGACAAAAGGAGGAGCAACGGCGUGCUAAAAUUGCUGCUGCUAACGGUGGUCAAAACCAAAAGCCAUCUGCUUUGGAUCGAUUCAAGCGGAACACAUGAUGUAUAUUAGAUGUUCUAUACGCUUCAAUCUGAGUCUGUACGUAUCGUGUUCGUUACCAGGAUCCUUUCGGCAACAUAGUAAAAGCUCAUUUAUGAAUUCAGGAAGUUGGGUGCAUGAGCCCACGG